UUUACGAUGAUGCGAUGUGCUCCCCCAACUUAAUAGCAACAACAGCUGUGUAACUAGGAACUGCCCAAAAGGAAAUAAAAAGAGAGGGGACGGACAGAGUGAAUUCAGAGCGGUGUUGAGACUGUAACUAAACACACUCUCGUCCGUUUCCCCUUGCAAGUCUGAAAACUGAACUACCUCGGUGUCUGUCUUGUUUUUUUUUUUUUUUUUUUUUACAAGUGUUUUAGGUGUCUUGAACCUGACAUUUAAAUGGUCCUUCGAGCCGGAUGCCAACAUACCCGACGAAUCCAGCGGGCGGGUGGAUUGCAGUAUAAAGACCGUGGCCAUGGCGGACUCCGUUUAAAGUGAGUCCAAAAAACCCUUUCCGGGACUGAAAUCGGCCCGCCAGCUGGAAUCCAAAGGUUGACGGUACUCUGAGAAGACGGACGGGGGUGAGUUGAGUUUUCAUUUAAAAAGGUAUGAAUGAAUCAGGAAAAGGUGAAUGAAUAAGGAAAAGGUUUGCGAAACCUGAGAAAAACCCUGUGAAUACUAGUCAAUGGCAGGUCAGAAAAGAAACUAGGAAAGUUUCGUGGCGUCGUAGUUAAAUUCCGUGCAGGACGGCGGAGUCCUCUAACGAGCUGUUGACAGACGUAGUUAAAUUCCGUAUAGGACGGCGGAGUCCUCUAACGAGCCAGUGUGAAUGAAAACUGUUUGAAUGAGAGUGUAAACGGGAAAUGGCAAACCACUCGGUUUUUCAUUCCAUACCAAAGCAGUGGGGUUGUAAACAGCAGACUUUUGUGGAUGCGAAGGCAAGAAUUCUCCACCUGAAAAGGUUGAAGUGAGAAUUACCACAACAGAAAAUUUGAGUUGCUGUCCCACUGAUAAGAAACCAGUUUUUCGAACAUCCUAGGUGUUGACAAACUGGACCAAAUUCUCUAAAAUGGGGAAAGGAAGUAGUAAAAUAAAACUCAGGGAUACACUGCAGUCUAAAGAUUGGAAGUUCAUUCAAUUAAUUUUUUUUAAAAAGAAGAAAAAAAAAACAGGAUCCUGAUAAAAUUUAAUAUUUAGACACAUGGAUAACUGAACACGGCUUUAAUGAUUGGUUAAAUACACAAAAAUAGCCGCGUUGCAGGAAUCAAUUAUAGAAAAAAAAGAAAAACCUUACAAAAUGAAGGGAAAUGAUUUUGAGGAAACAGAGAACGGAAAGAGAAUGUAGACAAAAUAAGAAAGGAAAAUGAAUGUGAAAAGAAAGACAGAGAAUAUGUAGAAAAGGAAAAAGAACAAUUCAUGAUGAGAUAGGAUCAGUGUCGAGGAGAAGAGAGAGUUGGAGGAGUAAGUGAAAACGGGGGAGGUGUAACUGCCCCCCGCCCCUUAGCCUAAAUUACCUCCACCUCCACAUUAGAAGGACUGAGACCACAUAAAGCUGAGAUAAACCAGUUUGUUGAGGAACUGGGAAAUUUCAAGACGAUCAUAUAACUUAAAUGAUGCAGAAGUCCAACAAGUGUGGAUCCAUGGGUCCAGAUUGGCAUAAUAUUCGAGGACCAUGGAAUCCAAGAGAUGCAAAUGGGAUUUUGGCCCAUGAUAGUCGUAAAUUGGGACACCGGGUGGAAGGAUUCAUUAACAGAGCAACCCAGCGUUUCAGACAGAGAGCAAAUUACACUGAAAUAGCAGGAGUAAAAAAAAAAAAAAAAAAAAAAAAGGAUGAUGAGCCUUUUUGAGGAAUGCAGAGUAAGAAUGACAACUGUAUUCAAGACUCACAGCGGCCUGCAGGAGGAUGGAGAUGUAAAUGAGCCAUUUCAACAGCAGUUGAAGAAUGCUCCCCAUGCAGGUUUAAAAGACGCAAUUCGCAGCUGGGUUAACAAACAUUAUAUUGGCCUGCCAACAGCCACCUUGGAGGAGUAUGGAAAUCACGCCCUCCAUGCUGGAAAAUAAAUAGAUAAUACAUAAAAUAAUAAAAGAUAAAAGAAACAGUAACAGCGUUAAUGACUGAAGGGAGAAAGAUGAUCCCCAAAUUACAAGACAAAAUGUCACAGAAUGAUUUGCCUAUUACACUCUGGUACAAAGGGACACCUGGUCCAGAUGUGGAAUAUGAGAGAAAAUUGGCAAAAAUAACACCAGCCAGAGUCAGAAAGUACAGCAGUUGCGGGAGUAACAUUAAAUGAAAAGAUGGAAGCACGGUUUAGAAUGUGGAUUCCACCCCGCAUCUUUUUGUAAAAAAAAAAAAUAAUAAUAAUAAUAAAUAAUAGACAUAAAAAAAUGGAAAGACUUAGGGAGAAUAGUUGAACAAGGUGAGAGAGCAACUGAUUGGUGUUACCUUUUCAAACAAUACAGAAACAAGUGCCUCAACAGGAAUAGAAAGAAAGAGGUACUAUUUUGGACAAUUCAGGCAUAAGAAGGGAUACACCUACAUUCCCAGCAAAAAUGAGACUUAAUGUUCACGGAGGAUGAGGAAGAUUUGUUGAAGGAAGUACAAAUUAGGGGGAAAAAAAACACCCAAAAAAAUGAAUACAGAUGCUAUAGUCUUUACUGUAGUAGAUAUCAGCGAUGCAUUGUUUUCUGUACCCAUAGAUGGGGAUGGUCAGUUUUGGUUUGCAUUUGUGUUUGGAGGAUGGGGAUACACUCUUACUAGAUUGCCACAAGGCAAUAAAGCCCCCACACCUCCAGGCAUUGACCACAUCCUUAAAAGGUCGUGGAAUGUGAUAACACCUACUCAAGCCUUAAUAAAAAUAAAAAAAAAAAUUAAAAAAAAAAGCAGCUGCAGGACAGACGUGUGAGCAACAGAAGAUAACAAAUUAUUGUAGAAUCUGAGUUUCAAAAUGAUGCGGAAAUCAUUGCGCGCCUGAGUAAAAUGAUGAAUGAGGAAGACCUCAAAAUGACAUCACCCUUAAAGUGGAUUGAUGAAGCAGAAAAAGCUUUUAGUGAAAUCAAACAUGAUUGUCAAGAGUUAGCAGAAACAACAGCCAAAAGCAGAAGUGACCUGAAAGAUCAGCCCUUAGAAAAAAGAGAGGUCCUAUUUGUAGAUGGCUCAUCUCAGAAAAAAUAACUAGGGAAAACACAAACAGAUUAUGCAGUAGUGACUAAAGACACUAAUAAAAGCUGAACGGUUACCAUUUAAUUACUCAGCUCAGGUAGCAGAAUUAGCAGCGUUAACAGAAGUGUGUAAAAUAAAGAGAAGAAAGGAUGUUACUAUUUACACAGAUAGUCAAUAUGCAUUUGCCACAGUACACCCCUUUGCACACUAUUGGAAAAAUGGAGGAAUGAUAUCAUCAACAGGCAAAUUGGUUACACAUGCAGAAUUCUUAAACAUUACAAAAGAAAAAAAAAUCAAAUAAACCUGUCUUACCAAAAAACUUAUAUAAAUGGGCAGCAGUAUUGAGCCAUGGUUCAACACGUGUCUCAACAGGGAGGGAUGGUAAGACAGAUAUACAACCUGUGGCUUUAAUUCUUAUUAAAAAAAAACAACAACUUUUGUAGAGCCUGUAUGAUUUGUGCUAGGCAUAAUCCACAAGGCAAUUUGAGGCCCAGGAGAGGAACAUUUCCUGCACCUCAAUACCCGUUUCAAAUUAUCCAUAUGGACUUUGUUGAAUUAAAUCAAAGUGAGGAAAAAUUAUAGGUUGGUCAUCAUAGACGCCUUUUCAAAAUGGAUAGAAAUCUUCUAACCAAAUAUCCAGACGCGUUGACAGUGGAAAAGCACUUUGUAAGAAUAUCAUUCCAAGAUAUGAUAUUCCUGAAAAAAUAUACAGUGAUAACGGUACCCAUUUUGUUCACCAAAUUGUGAAAAAGAUAGGAGUAAUGUUUCACAUUGAUAUAACGAAUCAUUGUGCUUACCAUCCUCAAAGCGCUGGAUUAGUGGAAAGGAUGAAUGGAAAAAUAAAAUAAAAAACAGACUAAAAAAGUGCAUUGAAGAAACAGAAAGGCCGUGGACACAGUGUUUGGAAUGAGUAAAGCUGCAUAUAAAAAGAAGUAUUUCACGACCAACAGCCUAUGAAACAUUGUUUGGAAGGCUUUAUAUACUACCUCAAUUUAAGAAGCGAUGGGAAACAAAUGAUGAAGCUAAUUUAGCAGACUACAUGCAGAAAAUGUUUAGGAAAACAAUGACUAAAUUAAGGCCCAUUCCAAGUAUGGUAAGUAUGUCGACAACCCCCGUAGCUGUAAAGAUAGCAGAGAGGUCAACUCGGAUUCAUUUGACACAUUGUAAAAAGGUCAUUUUGGUUGAAAACUCCGACAAGGGAGGUGAGCAAAAGUCUGAUAAUAGGGUGGCCUCAGACGUUUAGAAUCUGGGAAGACCUGAAAGUCAGUGAAGAUUUGAUAAGACACCAAACUAAGGUAGAGGAGAUAUUUUAACCAGAAUGACCCCAAAGUGUUUAAAAUCAGCUAUGGGGUGUUGGAUGUCAACGCUAUCUGUUAUUUAGAGUUUUUAUGUUAGUAUGGUAUUUGUGGGAAUCACCCGAGGUUAAACGAGCGGACCAUAAAGUAACCACUAAACCCUUACUCUUACGUAGGAUUACACAUAGUAGCGGACAGUCAGGAACACCAAUUCCUGUCAUUCCCUGUAUAGUCUCAUGGGCAUAUAAUAAUUCAAUUAGGGUAACCAUAGCACCAAACACAACUAAAUUGAGGCUUCCAAAUUACGAAUUUAAAGGGAUUUGCAAACACCAAACAGAUAACUGGAAAAGAUUAUGAGACGUAUUGGAGGCACCUUACAGGACAUGUAUAAGAUUUGAGUUGGAAUUCUCGACUUAAUACCCAAGAGGGUGACUAUUGGUCCAUAGGACAAAGUCACGAGGUAAAGUACUUUCAUAAAAAGAUAACACUUGGAAAACGAGGACUGUGCAGUGUGCAUGGGCCCUAGACCCUUAUUACAGAUAAUACCAGCCAUCAUUCCGCAAAAUUGUGUCAUUGAUGUUAUGAAUAAUACUAAUCCUAGGAAUUACUUGUAUGAGUUGGGACAACGUGUUUCCUGUGACUAGAGUUGAUAAGCACGAACCUGUUUUCCAAAAAGGUCUGGGAGUAAACAAGGGUGUUUAUUGCAGUAUAGUACCAAGUGGAAAUCAGAUAAGGGUGUAGGAGUUUAUUGCAGGAAAGCCCCCACCAGGCUACAUGUGAAGACCACAAAGGACAGAUGUCGGAGAGGAAGUGGCUGCAAGGAGCCACUGUGCAAGACCGCACCUGGAGCAAGCUGCAAAUGGUCAUCAUUCUACAGGACAAUGAGGACGUCGGAUGGGAACAUGGACAAAUCAGAUGACGGCGAUUCCAUACAAGAACAGAUAGCUUUGUUCAGUCUGCGCUGUCCUCGAUGAGGCAAGGAUAAGCGUAGCUGCGGACCCGGAGCUCUGUACAAUGUAUCGACUCCUCUGUUAGGUAUCAAUUGGUUGACAUUUAACGCGUUGUUAAAAUUGUAGCUCUUUCAGGCCAAGAGGGAACAUCUGGUGGUGGUGUGGAGAUGCUAUGCUAUUUGAAAAAUUGCAAAAGAAUGUAACAGGUCUCUGUGCUCUAGUGAACUUGUUGUUACCGGUAUCAGCACAUCCUACGUCUGUAUAAGAGUUAACAGCUAGGUUAUCUACUGUCAUGCCAGAACAUUGGCGACGUCAGAGAAAAGAGUAGCAGAUUGGCAGGACCACAAUGGUCCAACAUACAUUGACGCCGUUGCUGUUCCCCAUGGUGUUUCAAGUGAGUACCAAUUCGAGAAUCAAAUAGCUGCAGGAUUUGAGUCCUCCAUCUCUUGGUGGUGCACAACCAACAAAAACGUAGACAGAAUCAACUACAUCCAUUACAAUGUAAACAAAACAAAAACAAUUGGGCAAUUGGACACCGAGUGGGUUUGAAGCUGCACUUGAACAGCUAUCAGUCACAUCACUUAUGGCAUUCCAAAACAGGGUAGCUGUUGACAUGUUGUUGGUUGAGAGAGGAGGAGUAUGUGGUAUGUUCCGGAGGACAAUACUGCACAUUAACACAGCUACGGAUGGCAGUCUCACCAAGGCCAUAGAGGGACUCCGAACCCUUAAUGGUAAAAUGGUGUUGACACCUCCAUGUGGAACUCCUGGAUGAAAGCCUUUGGAAAAUACAAAGCCGCGGUGUCCUAAAUUUUGGUAACAAUCGCUGUUUUUACAGGAAUUUAGACCUUGUGUGGAUUUUGUUGUAUUCCUUGUCUGUGUUCUCUCAUUAAUAGAUUGAUAACAACAUCAAUCUCACCCAUGGAGAACCCCGGAUGGCUCAAAUGUAUCCUUUACUUGGCCCUGACUCUGAAGGGCGACGUCGUCCCCAGCGUUCCUGCGGCAGCCCGGUGAGAUUUUCACACGUUCAACUGGAAUGGCUGGAACUGCAGCAGGGCCAGCGGCGGGCGAGACAGACGCAGCCUGGAGACAGACGGACGCACGCUCUCGCCCUCAUGGACCGACCGCUGUGUGACUGUGUGACGGCCUCGGCCCUGCUACUGCUGCUCGCUGUGGCCUCGCAGGUUUUGUGUCAGAUGUGUGAUCGGCCGUGCCUCUGCCCCCGUCCCGCCCCCCAGUGUCCCCUCGGAGUCCCCCUGGUGCUGGACAGCUGCCGGUGUUGCCAUGUGUGUGCGCGACAGCGGGGCCAGUCGUGCACUGAGAAGUUCCCGUGCGACGGCCAGCGAGGGCUUACAUGUGACUACAGCGUUAGCUUCCCCGGAGGCCCCGGAGAGUGUGUCGCUCAGGAAGAUCUGACAUGCGAAGUCAACGGCAUCAGCUACCACGACGGCCAGUCCUUUCAGCCCUCGUGCGAUGUCCACUGCCACUGCAGAGGCGGCGGCGUGAGCUGCGUGCCUGCUUGUCCGCUGACUUUCCGCCUCCCCGCUGCGGACUGCCCUCAUCCGCAACAUGUCCGGCUACCGGGGAAGUGCUGCAAGGAAUGGGUCUGUGAGAACCUGGACAACACUGUGCUUCAAGACGCCAUCUUAGCCAUGAGAGCAAACUCUCUCCAGCCACCAGCACCGCUGCCAGCCGCCUCCGUCUGCACGGAGCAGAGCACCCAAUGGAGCGCCUGUUCCCAGAGCUGCGGGGCCGGAAUCUCCACACGGGUCUCCAACCGCAAUCCGGCCUGCAAGCUCCAAAUGGAGACUCGUCUUUGUAAAGUGCGACCGUGCCAUGCGCAACUACCCAUGCCAAGCAGACCCACGCAGGGUCAGUGCACGGCCAGCUACACGUCACCCGGACCCGUGCGGCUGGUUCACCACGGCUGCAGCAGCACGCGCGCCUUCCGUCUGCGCUACUGCGGCAGCUGCGGCGACUCUCGCUGCUGCACGCCUUUCCGCACCUCCACCAUCGACGUGGCCUUCCGCUGCCCCUCUGGAAAUCUACGACAGCGAGCGGUGAUGGUGAUCCACUCGUGCGUCUGCCACAGCAACUGCCCCUACGUGCCAUUUACUAACCCGGCUCUUCGGGGACACAGACCCUGACGAGUCGCCAUGAUAAUGCCACACUUGGAACUGGUGGGCUGGAUUUGGAAGCUGGAUUCACUAAGGCCAGCACGGAUCCAUCGUCAUCUAUUGGCCAGCACGGAUCCAUCUAUUGUCGAUAACAAAGCCGUAUAUUUCUGCACAGAUGCUUACCGUUGCGUGCGCUGGGAAGGAAUUAUGUUGCAAAGGAUAAGAUGUAUACUACAGUGGUGUCUUGAGAUACGAGUGACAGGUUUUUCAAGAUACUGGUUGACAUUUCGCAAUUUUUUUUUUUUUUUUUGCGUCAACUAAAGAUACGAGCACUCACAGUUGAGGUUUACUCUCAAAUGAAACAUAAAACAAAUUGAAUUACACUUUGUGUAUUUAAAACAAGCACACAAAAAAACUGACAAAAGAUAGGCUUCGCUUAAUGCUAACAUAAAAUGGAAGAUGGCAUUGACCUGCUAACGAUUAGCAUCAUAGUCGCGGUUUUAGAGCCAGCGAAUAUUUGAACUCAAAUGGUGACGCAACACAUGUAGGGACAAUAUCACAAUACUCACAGGCAUAUAGUCUUGAACCUCUGCGGGGAAAAAAAGAUUAAUAUUAUUGCAGCUUCUUGAGUCACUGAGAAUAGUGACGAUCUGAAUACAGACAAACGAAGAAGAGCCACUCUCUUCUUCCAUUGUCUCUAUGACUUUACUGCCCCCAGUGGCGAAGGCAGGCACACCAGAAGGAGAAGCACAAUGAACUGAAUUGAAGCAUUAAAUCAUGAUGCACAAACUUAAUUAUUUUACUUUCUAUUUAAUGUUACUACGUAUUAUUAUUAUUAUUACUGUUAUUGUUUUAAUAAAAUACAAUAUUAUAGAGUGUUAUUUUUCUUAUUAAAAACAAUAUAAAGGUUUUUAAUAGGGAAAGAUGAUCUGCGAUACCAGUGUUUUGAGUUACAAGUAUGGUAGCGAAAUGAAUUACACUCGCAUCUCAAGGGGGCACCAGUGUACUUACAAAACGUCCGGGACAUUUGGCUUUUGGGUGAAAUUUCAAGAUGAACUGAAAAUGCUCGCUUAAUUUAACCUUUAAACUUUUGAACGCACAUGACCGACUGUUCAGUGUCGGACUACCUCUGACACAACUUGCGGUUUGACAACUCGGAGCGGGAUAGCAAAAUAUACAACAGGUGUUUGACCAAUAUAUUGCCUGGUUCAAUGAGAAUUGCUCUCGAAACAGUCCUCGUCCUCCUUUUGACAUCACGAGGGCAAGACGACACAGAACAACUGAUCACCAUUGCCAGGCUUUGGACAGAAUCUGUGUUCGUUCAUUCGUGGACCAAACACCUGUUGCGAAUUUUGAUGUUCAGCGCCUUGUUGUCAAACCGCAAGUUGUGCCAAAAGUACUCAAACAUUGAACAGUUGGACACGCACUCAGAUGUUUACAGGUCAAAUUAAGAUCACUUGUAAAGGUUAUAGUGCAUUUCAAGUUCCUCCAGAAAUGUCACUUUUAAGCCUCACGUUUUUGAGAGUAGUGCAGGCCUACGUGUAUAUUGUACAGGGAUAUAGUGGAAUGUGUGUGCAAGAAAGCCAACUGAAGAACAUGUGCACUGAGAUGAAGUAGCGCCACCUCACGUGGACUUCAAAAAAAACAAAAAAAUGACUUCAACUUGAACCGGGCCUACCUUAUGUUGCUUUGUCAUUCAACAAACGGUCUUUAUUCUGCUAAAGAUAAAUGGAGGAUAUUUGUGUUCAAUUAGUCUUAAAGAAACAUUGAGGGGGGGGGAAAGGUAUAAUAUGAUGUUACUAAAUUAAUUUUACAAGGGGACAUGGAUAUCAGUGCAUGAGUUUGUUGGUUGACUACGUAAAGAUGAGCAAUGUGGAGAAUCUCCUCAAGUUCUACUUUUGUAAAAAAUAAAUAAAAUAGAAUAAAAUGUUCACAACAGAAUGAGAUUACGAUCGGAAUGGGGACUUUAAAGUUAUUGUGCAAAUGUUUGUGCAAACAUUACAACUUUAUUCUCAUAAUGUUGGGACUUUAUUUUUGUAGUAUAUCAAGUUGUUUCGUUUUGUUUGUUUCAGUGUGGCAUAUUUGAGUCAAGGUUUCAUUGACAUGCUUGUAUAUAUUCUUUUCUAUUUCAGUGAAAAUCCUCUUCAACAUUCUGUACAUUUCUCAUGACUUUUUUUUUACCUUUAGGUUUUCGACGCAUUUCAUAAUAAAAAUUGUGUUCAAAUU